AUGUCUGGGUCCAGAGGGAAGGCUAAGAACCAAGCGACUUCGUCACAAAAAGGUAAAACGACGGUCGUUCGACAAAGUCGAUCAGCCACUGUUGAGCCAGAAGUACAGGAACGAGGAAAGACAAGGGCGACGGGUGUCUUGGAAGUGGACGAAGACAGUCAAGAGAUAGGAGACGCGGAAAAAGGGAGGGAAUUCUUGGAGGAAAAGUUACUCAUGGUCCCACGGGGCUCGCCGAUCACCUUGGACAUGCUCACCUCGGCCCUAUUUCAGGCGGCCGCUCUGCCAGGCAUUGGACUCCCAGCAAUCAACGCGGUUCGGGCGGUUGCUUUCCUGCUGAAGGAGGUCGAACUUGAGGAGGUCGCAGAGGCUGUUAGAGCAAUCGCAAUCGCACAGUUCGACGAGGUGGCAAAGAACCUAAAAGAGCUUACAGAAGGGCUGAAGGAGAAGCUAACAGAGGAUUUAGAGAAGAAGAUGUCGAUGUUGGAGAAGAAAGCGACGGACCUGACGGAAACAGUGGAAAAGGCGGUACAGCAGCAGGCAGGAAACCCCGGAAGCGCUUCGUAUAGGGAUGCGCUGAACAGGGGAAUCUCUGGGGCGCCAAUGGAUGCUAAUCCCUGGCUAGCUGCGAAGGAGAAUAUCAGGCAACACCAGUCACUCAUCGACAUACCUAGGGAGUCCAAGCUCAGGGACUGCAUCAACACGGUCCUGGUGGGUAAGUUCGCGGAGGCCAUGGGCAAGGCAACAGAUCAGAAGCACAAGAUAAGGUCGGCACUGAAGUUACAAAACGGCGGUAUCUUGGUCGAAAUGGCAUCGGAUGAAGGCGCGGUAUGGAUGGCUUCCAAGGCCAACGCAGAGGCCUUCUUGCGGGAGUUGGGAGAAGCAGCAGCCUCCGUCAAAUUGAGGUCGUACAACGUCGUCGCCUACUACGUGCCGCUAAACCUCGACCCCAACAGUGAGAAGGACAGGAGGGAAAUAGAGGAAGUAAACAACAUACCCGAGGGCGGACUCAUGAAGCUAAGGUGGAUCAAGCCCCCGGCGCGACGAAGGACGGACCAGCGCUUCGCCCACGUCAUAGCCACCUUUUCGGAUGCGGACGCUGCCAAUCGGGCAAUAGUGAAUGACUGGUGGCUACCACUUUUAUGAUAAAACUAAGGCAAUUGCCUGCAGAGCUGUGUGUAUAAGUCCACAAGUUUUAUGAAAGGCAUUUCAUAGAUGUGUCCUGUGUUUUCUUUCUUAUAAAACCUAUGUUCUUUUCAUAAAAUAUAGGCAAGGCCACAGGGUGCUUUUCAUAAUUAAACCUGUGCGCUUUCAAUAGGUAUUUCAUUCACUGGGUUAGGUGUAUUCAUUGCCUUUUUCAUAAUUAAUGGUGUGCACUUUCAUUGAAUAUUUCAUUAGGAAUUUUGGGCACUUUCAUUGCUUUUUUCAUAAUCAAUCCUGUGUGAUUUCAAUAAAUAUUUCAUUCACUGGUCCUGUGGUCUUUGCCUACAUUUUAUGAAAAGAACAUAGCCCUCAUAAGAAAGAAAGACACAGGACACACCUAUGAAAGGCCUUUCAUAAAACUUGUGGACUUAUACACACAGCUCUACAGGCAAGUGCCUUAGUUUUAUGAUAAAGGUGGUAGCCACUUGUG